UACCAAACGGAGAUGUUUCGUUUCUGUCUAUUGACGAUUGCCAUCUACUACGCCUACGCGCAUUGCAGUGCACAACAGCAGGGUUCUGAUGGAGUUCUAGCUCCAUGUCCACAGAGCGAAGUGCAACAGUCACCAGUGGUAUAUGAUGCGCCACCACCACCACCUCCACAAUAUCCGUUAAUCCCACCGAAUCCACCACUACGUGAACGUCGACGAAAUCGUCAUAGCUCAAGCGCUACUCGUUCAAAUUCGGAAUCCCGCGAACGACGCAGCUACGAUUCCCGUUCUAAAAGAAGAGGUCAUAGAAGAUACAUCAACCAUGGUAUGUGUGAAAAGGCAAUCGUUACUUGCCUUCAACAUGGCGUGACUGCAACUCCUGACUUCCAAAUUCUCAGUUUCGGUUUAGCAGUCGAUAAUGUGCUGAAGUGCAACAGACGGGGAAGGUGGAUUGCUAUGAACAGUGAACACCAAAUGAUCGAAGUCAGCUCAGUUGCCUGCUAUGCGCCACUGCAGAAUGACCAGCAGCUCAAAGUUCAAACAGCUUCAUUUGUUCAUUUAAAAGCUGAACAGCCGGUCAUAUGUUGA